AUGUCUCCUUCUCCCUACCUGACUCCUCCGCCUACUGUACCCGUCACUCGACAUCACUCCGUCGCUCGUCCCCUCCCACCCACAAUCACCACAUCCAUCAUGGCCGCAUCACCCGCCUUACCCAAUCGCCUCGCGCCUUAUCCCGGCUCAACUACUCUGGCACCGCUCAUGCCACCUCAUCGACCGCCUGUCCCCUAUCACUACCUUCCGGCGACUCCCUAUUAUCCUCACCCCACUUGGUAUUCCGCCGGACCCGGUCACCAUAUUCCCUCGUACCCCGCUCCGCCUACUCCACACAAUUAUGCCUUCCCGUAUCCCAUGUCACGACCCAUCUCUCGACCACCGCCUGUUCCGACCCUCACACAUCCACUCCCGCCUCGGCCAUCGCUCAAAACCAACAGAGACGAAGUGGACGAAUCUCCGGUACCGGCCUCGCCCAACCCGCGAGCGGACAAGCGUCGCAAGACGCGCAAGAACGCGUCUGUCGGCAACCCAGACAGGGCUGACUCCCCCUCGACAGGCAGUGCAGCCGGCGGCGCGGCCGAGGAAGGCGAGGGUGAGCCACAGCAGCGCAGGGCGAGCGGAUUGGCCCCUAUCAAGCCGAUUGGUUUCGCCGCUGCGCGAGAGAACAGGAGGGAGAGCGGCGGGAUUGCAGGCGAAGCGGCCCUUCCCAGCCCGGUCGUCAUGGGCUUUGACUUUCAAAAGGUGGACGAAGAUCAACUCAAGACUGUCCGAGACACCAUCAGCAUCAAGGCGCAGCAGGAAGCUUUGAUCGCCCAGCGUCGCCGAGACGUCGUGGCGAGCCACCCCAGUACGCCCAAAGAGUUGACAUUCAAGGGCUGGCAGCCGAAAGACCCGAAUGUUCUUCCUGGAUCCGGCGUGCCGGCGUCUGCGUCUGGCUCGGGAAGCGGCGGAUCCGCCCCCCUCAACCAGAACCUGUCUGCUCAGCAGUCUGAGCGCGGCGAACCGCCAUCCGGGUCCCAAACUAGCGUCCCAUCCGGCCACCACCCCAACGGUCUGGUCGACCCGCGCAACGCGCCCGUCAGCAACGUCCGCGGCAGCCGAGGCGACGAAGGCGACUUUUCCCGCCAGCAAGCCCCUGUCUCGAGCCAGUACUACCGUCGGUACGAGCCCGGACACUCGCACAAUCGCUCCGUCACCGAUGGCGGUCCCCGCAGCUCCGCGCGCAUAGUCACCUCCUCGUCCAGGGGCGGGUACGACGACCGGAUGCCUCCCCCUACUGCCGGCGGGCGUAACGGAUACAGCGGUUCCGGCCAACACCACAGCGGUAGCGGACACGGCCACCCUGGUCCCAGCGCGACCUACACCAACCAAGACCACGGCGGUGGUGGUGGCGGCGGCGGCUCGUCCCCCUCCCCUUCGCCUCCUCCCCAGCAACGACCCGCUCCUACUGCCGCGCCGCAAAUGUCGGCGCGGCGGGAAGCCUUUCUGGCGCCCUACAACCAACUUUACGACCUCCUCCACCAGGCCGACGGGCUGAGGUACAACCUCCAAGAACUCAUGCACCGGUAUGAAGGACUCUACGCCAACCAGGUAUCGGCGAUGCAGGAGUUCAAGGGCACCGCUGCGAGCAGCAACACCCUCUUGGGUAACUUGCAGCAAAGCGCAGAGAGCCUCAAGGAGAUGGUGAGAUACGAGGUUGGGCGGAGUAUUGCGGCGGGCGGAACUGCGGGCGCGGCGGGUGCGGGUGGAAGCGGUGAAGCAAACAAGAAGGAGGUGGAUGAGCUCAAGGAGCGGAUCAAGAAGCUUGAGGAGAAGCUCGGGGGGACCGAGGUGGAGAAGACGGCCUAG